AUGACUAACCCGCAUCAGCCUGCAUGUGCCAUACCCCAAGAACUGCGUUACUACAUGCUGCGAGGCAACGAUGUCAUGGUCCCAAUGGUGCCUGUGGAUCAGCUGCCAUUUCGCCUACCUGGAGUUCCUCGCCAAUUGACACAUCAGCAGAUGUCGAGCGAGCGUUGGAAGUAUCUGCCUGAGCCAACCAGCGCUUCUUCCAAUGGCUCUGCCCAAGCCCCUUCUAUACCUACUUCUUCCCCAUCUACUACGUGGGCGAAACCUCAGUUCCGUGCUCCUGAUCAUCAAGUCCGCAAUGAUCAUUUAAUGGUGGAUGAGCCGGUCGCCCGCCCCAACCGGUGGUCUCAUUCACCCACAGUGCCCAUCGACAUCCCAUCUACGCAUCGCACAACCUCCACUGCCACUCCGGAGAAGACAUUGUCCUUGACUGACAAAUUCGCAGAGCUCUACCCACUCGAAGCUCAGCGUUGCGGUUACCAGGUGCGCAAUCCUUCAGGCAUCGAGCCAGAUUCAUCGAAGAAAGAGUUUUGCACGCACUGGAUUCGGACAGGCGAGUGCGACUUCACUGUCGUGGGCUGCAAGUACAAGCACGAGAUGCCCGAUCUGCCCAAACUCAAGGAGCUGGGCUUCACCCAAGGCUAUCCUAGGUGGUGGAAGGAGAAACUCGCGGUUGUAGCUCGCGGUCCCACCUGGAUUGAACAACGCCGGGCGGCUCAGAACAAGGACGAGGACGUGGAUGCCAACCACGUACCAGCUCGUCGCGUCUUCGAUCCAUCCAUCUUCAAGCGGAGGUCUGAACUGGAGCGCGAGAAGGCGCCAGCCGACGACGUCCGGCCAAAGCGUAGCUUACUCAGGCGCGAGACAGUCUCCGAGCGAGCAGUACAAGCCAUUCCACCCAUCCCACUAAGCCACAUUAUUCAACCAGCAAGCCCAACAAUAGACCUCCUCAUCGACCUUGACGAUAACCCAGCUCCCCCGCCGAGUCCCCAACUCUCCACCGUAUCCUCAACCAGCCACCACCGCAUCCGCCCCUCCACCCCACCCUAUCAAACCCAUCACCAUCCCCGUAACAUCCACCAAGCCCCCCAGGAACUCCCUCAAACCAAAACUAGAGCACAAAUCACCGCUCCGUAA